GUUGGCGCGUGAUUUUCUCUCUUCUGCUUACUUGAGCCACAUGUUAAAACUGAAGCUUGAUGUCACCAAUAGCUCACUCUCUGUUCUUCUCAAAAUCUUCCAAGACACGGUCUGAAUCCACCAUGCUUUUCCUUUAAUAACCCGAAAUCUUCGCAGCCAAUAAAUAUCAAUGCGUACAUCAUCAUUAGAAUCACCAGCGAUCCAAUGAUGCAGAACAGGCAGGCAAAGAAAAGAUACAUUUUGUUUGUAUCUAAGAGUGGUCCUUGUGUUUGGAUGUCCAUAACAGUUUCCAAAAGCUUAUCUCCAUCUUUCGAAUGUUCACCACACAGUUUCUUAACUAACUCCUCUAUAUAAACAAUGAAGAGAAGAGAGAAGAAUAGAGCAAAAUAUUAAAGGUGUUAGUUCUUAAACCAACCAAUCAAAAUGUUGCGCAUUAUCUUCCUCUUAUCUCUCCUUUUUGCUCUAUCCAAUGCCUCUGUUCAAGACUUCUGUGUGGCCAACCUGAAACGUGCUGAAACCCCUGCCGGUUACCCUUGCAUUCGUCCCAUUCAUGUCAAAGUCAAGGACUUUGUCUUCUCCUUAGGCACUCCUGGAAACACUACAAACAUCAUCAGCGCUGCCGUUACGCCCGGUUUCUCCGCUCAGUUCCCGGGUCUGAACGGUCUAGGCCUCUCUACAGCUAGACUUGACCUAGCUCCUAAAGGUGUGAUCCCAAUGCACACUCACCCUGGUGCCUCUGAGGUUCUUUUUGUCCUUGACGGCUACAUUACCGCUGGGUUUGUCUCCUCAGCUAACUCUGUCUACGUCCAGACACUAAAACCAGGACAGGUCAUGGUUUUCCCACAAGGCCUGCUUCACUUCCAGAUCAAUGCGGGGAAAUCAGCUGCUGCAGCCUUUGUCACUUUCAGCAGUGCUAGUCCUGGUCUCCAAAUUCUUGAUUUCGCGCUUUUUGCUAAUAGUCUUCCCACUGAACUCGUUUCGGCUACUACUUUCCUUGACCCUGCUUUAGUCAAGAAGCUAAAGGGUGUUCUUGGAGGAACUGGCUAAAAGAUACUUGGGACUCAUUGGCACUUUUCUCUAUGAUGGAUUCUUGUCUUCUAUGUUUUUUAGUCCUUGUAAUACCUGUCCACAUUAUUACAUUGUAUGUGAGCUUUUCAUUUAAGAUCCUGUGUUGGUCAUACCGUUUA